UUUUUCCCCUGCGUUAGUACCGAGGUGUGAUUGUCAUAAAGGCGUAAGCGAAGUAGUUUGCUUUUUUUCACCGUUGAAACUUUGGUACAGGUCUUCAACGGCUCCCAAGCCAGUUAAGCGUAUCGGACUGAAUUUCCAACUGGAGCAACAGUGUCGUUGUACCAAGCUUUUUUUGUAUGUGGCCGUCAUGCCCAAGUCGCUGAGACUCGAGAGAUGUCUGCCAUCUACAUCAUCCGCGUCUGGCGUUCUGUUGCCCGACCACUAUGUCGAAAACGACCCAAUCAUACAGACAAUUCUUGAGGCCAAGGCAUCGGAAUGCAAAUUGUCCAGGCACGAGAAACUUGUGAAGCUAUCCAGUAAAUCCUCCUGUCAGGUUUCAACUUGCCAAUGUAAUGGAUGGCGAGGUAGGCGAGAUAAUCGUUUAAUGUCUUCAACUUGCACUAAAUCUGGCUGUAGUCAUCCUCUAUCUUCUCAUGUAUCGCAUUUAGAAAAUGCCAAGGAUGAACAGCUAAACACCUUACUAGGAUUAGUAUUUGAUCUUGAUAAUUUAUCAGUCACCGUAAAUAAAGAUUUAAAAAAACCAAGUAUUGAGAGAAAUUAUGUGCAAGAAGAUACUUAUGGUGCAGUUUAUCAUGAAUUAAGGAAUUUUGUAUAUCCCGGAUCUUGUAUAACACUCGAAAAAUUAUUUGGUACUCCACCAUUUGAAAAUCCAAAUAUAGUUAAAGCUUUAAUGAACUUUAAUAUGUAUAAGUUUGGUCAUGACAGUUCUCAACUUAAAAUUGCUUUAAAAAUUAGUAAAUUUUUAACAAAACAUUUUGAUCUUUGGAAAUGGAUUUCUCCUAAAGAAUUACCACAUUGUAAAACAUUUCAACAUAGGAAAAACUAUGAAUUCUAUUAUCAAAGAUACUUAGUGUUUUGUCUACUUCCCAAGUAUUUGCAUUCAAUUGCACCAAGCUUUAAAAUGAGUCUAAUAUUUGGUCAAGAUAUUCUUAAAUACACUCUAAAAGCAUUUAGAAUGCAUUUAACAGACUGGUGUCAUGCAUCUGCUCCAAAAUGGUCAAAUCAUAGAAAACACUUUUGCAUGAGCUAUUUACCUAAAUAUAUGAAUCUAUUAGAAGAAGAAGUGUAUGCUGUUCAUUCGCCUAUAUGGGAUUUACAUUUUAAAGAUUCUGAUUUAAAAAAAAUUAUUCUAACUGAUUCUCUGGACUCUGGGCUAGAUGAAACUAAGGAAGCAGAUCAUAAAGAUCGUAGAAAAAAAGAUAAACACCCAAAUGAAGAUAUGUCAAUGAAACCAAAUGAAAAACAUAGUAUUGAAGAUGUUUUAUCAGAAGACAAAAUUAUAGACAUUCUAAAAAAUGUUCAAAGUGGUCCUAUUACCUACUCUAAGGAGUUUGGAUUAGAAACUGGACCUCGAGGACAUCAAGCUCGAACAGAAGAAGAACAUGGAAUUAUACGCUUUGUGGUUAUUGGUAAUUCAUUAGACUCAAGAGUUGAAAAAAGUACUAUGUUGUGGCUUAUGCAGCUAAGAAAUUUAUUUCGAACUCAAUUGCCUAGAAUGCCUGUUAGAUACAUUACUCGAUUGGUAUUUGAUACGAAACACAAGACAUUAGCUUUAUUGAAAGAUGGCGUUCCAAUUGGUGGCAUAUGUUUUUGUCCAUUUGUCUCUCAAGGUUUCACAGAAAUAGUGUUCUGUGCAGUUAAAGUUGAUCAACAAGAAAAUGGAUAUGGAACACAACUAAUGAAUCAUUUAAAAGAUUAUCAUAUUCAACAUAACAUCCUUAAUUUUCUUACUUAUGCAGAUAAACUUGCAAUUGAAUAUUUUAAGAAGCAAGGGUUUAGUCAAGAUGUAAGAAUUUCAAAAAAAAUACAUCAAGAAUAUAUUAAACAUUAUCAAGGUGCAAUAUUGAUGCACUGUGAACUAAACCCAAAAAUUAUUUAUACUCAAUUAACAUCAGUUAUACGUAUACAAAAAGAAAUAGUAAAGAGUCUGGUGGAAGAAAAACACAUGAAAAUAGAAAGACAUUACCCGGGACUAACUUGUUUCUUAGACGGAGUACGUAUGGUCACAAUUGAAUCAAUACCUGGUGUCAUGGAUACUGGUUGGACGCCAUCAACACGGGCUACUAGAAAUAGUCGUGUCACAGAAGAAACAACUGAUAUUGAUGUCUUAGCUAAACACCUAAAAAAAGUAUUACAAUUUGUAAAAAACAAUGCAUUGUCUGAACCAUUUUUGAAUCCAGUUGAUAAAAAAGUUCCUGGUUAUUAUGAGCUUAUAAAGUAUCCUAUGGAUUUGAGUACAAUUGGUAAACGAUUGGCUUCAGGCUACUAUGUAACUCGAAAAUUGUUUAUUGCUGAUAUGAGACGAAUGUUUAGCAAUUGCAAAACAUUUAACCCAGAAGAUUCAUAUUGGGCAAAUUGUGCAGUUGAAUUGGAAAGACUUUUCCAGAUUAAAAUGAAAGAAAUGGGACUCUGGGAUUACUAAAUUUAGUUAUAAUUAUGUACUUUUGUAUUUUGUAAAGCAAAUAUGCGUUAUUGUAAAACCAUUUUUGUAGAUUAUUUAUAAAAAUAAAUUAUACAUAAAGGUUAAUUUUAUUUUGAUAUUCGGGUAUAACAUGUUAAUUUAUAAUUUUUAUUAUUAGACAAUAAAAUAAAUUUACAUUGUAUUUGUUUUAUUGUAUUGCAUAAAUAUAAUAGUUUUAUAAUUAUAACAAUUAUUUUAUAUCAUUUAAACAAUUUUUAUAGGAAUUAGUCAACACAUUUUAUACCACUAUUUUGAGAAGGAAUAUCUAUAGAAAUAAUAUAAUGAUAAUGUUAUACUUAAAUUAUAAUUUUCUACCACAUUUGCAAUUCUAUAAAUUAAUUUAACUAAUGUAUUAAUUACCGAAAAAAUUAUUUUUAAGUGUGAGACAUUGUGACAUUAUUUUGUACGUCUGAUUUCUAACAACCAAUGUCUAUCCUUAAAACUUAUCAUAAUAUUUGCAAAUAUUAGGCUCAUUUAAAUUUUGUAGGACCAUCGGUGUACUUUAGUUAGUAAAUAUUAAAUAAGCCAAAUUGUUAAUUUGGUAUAUUGCACAAAAGACAAUAACUUUAUAUUUGCUUAUCUUUUAAGUUUAGUUUUCAAUGAUCAAAUAUAACACAUCAACCACUUCUAUGUUUUUUUUAUUCAAUUUUCAUUUAAGAAGUAAAUAAAAGAUGUUUUCUGUUA